AUGAAAGAUAAUCAAUUAACUAAAUCAGAAACUAAAUAUCUGCGAGGAUUAGCCAAGAAGCAUAUUCUUUUACCAACUAAAUUUAAGAAAUCUUUGGUAAAGAAUUGGAAUAAAUACUAUCCUGAGUAUCGCAGUAUUGAAAAACUAUUAGAACUAAACCAGGAAUAUUCUUUACGAACUGGCACUCUAAUUGUCUUGCCAACUAACCAACUUUUACAGCAAGUUUGGGAUUAUAUUAUUAGUAGACCGAAUAAAAAAGGAGAAUAUAAGAAGUCGGAAAUGGAAUGCUUAUUUCUACUCUGCUGGAAAGUCGGAUUAAGAGUUAGUGAAGCUCUUAGUUUUGAUUUAUCCUUGGAAAACCAAGAAUCGGCUUAUAAAAACUUAUACCUAUUAAGGGGCAAAGGUCAAAAAGAACGCUGA